UUAUUUGUUACAGAACUUGUUAUAAUUCCGUUUUAAAUAUAAAAGAUAAAUAAUACGAUGAUUGAGGAUAAAGGAACGGUCUACGUCUUCGUUGGUAAAACUUUAAAUGAAGAUACUACAAUAUCAAUAUAUCCAUGAUACAGAGAAAAACUAGUGCUGGUUUUAUGUUUAGAUGAGAUAGAAGAACAGUAACAGUAGCCGAACACCGAUCUAGUCAUGUCGAACAAUGCAUUAAAUUUUCUUAUCUUGUUUCUAAGUAUCUCUUUGUUUCCAUUCGUUUCUUCUCUUAACCAAGAAGGUCUCUCUUUACUUUCAUGGCUUUCGACUUUCAAUUCAUCGAAUCCGGAUACUAGUACUGCUAUUUUCUCGUCAUGGGAUCCAGCACACAGAAAUCCUUGCAGAUGGGAUUAUAUAAAGUGUUCUGCAGAAGAGUUCGUUGAAGAGAUCGUGAUAACGUCUAUCGAUCUUCGUAGCGAGUUUCCUACACAGUUUCUUUCUUUUAACCACCUUAGAACUCUUGUUAUCUCGAAUGGAAAUCUCACGGGUGAGAUUCCGAGUUCUGUUGGAAACUUGUCGUCGUCACUGGUUACUCUUGAUCUUAGUUUCAAUAGUUUAACAGGAAAAAUACCAGAAGAAAUAGGAAAGUUAUAUGAACUGAGAUGGUUAUCUUUGAAUUUGAAUUCGUUACGAGGUGGAAUUCCAACCACGAUUGGUAACUGUUCGAAGCUUCAGCACUUGGAACUGUUUGACAACCAGCUUUCUGGUAUGAUUCCUGGAGAGAUAGGACAGUUGAAGGCUCUUGAGUCGCUGCGAGCCGGUGGAAACCAAGGUAUUUUCGGAGAAAUUCCAAUGCAGAUAUCAGAUUGUAAGGCUUUAGUUUUUCUCGGACUUGCGGUUACUGGAAUUUCCGGUGAGAUUCCUGCAAGUAUAGGAGAACUUCAAAAUCUCAAGACACUGUCAGUCUACACAGCUCAUCUCACAGGUCAAAUUCCACCAGAGAUUCAAAACUGUUCAGCUUUGGAAGAUUUGUUUCUGUAUGAAAAUCAGCUUUCUGGAAAAAUUCCUUACGAAUUCGGUUCCAUGCAAAGCCUUAAGAGGGUACUGCUGUGGAAGAACAAUUUAACUGGAACGGUUCCGGAAAGCCUCGGAAACUGUACAAACCUGAAGGUGAUUGAUUUCUCUUUGAAUUCUCUGAUUGGUAAGUUACCUUUGAGUCUAAGUAAUCUUCUCUCAUUGGAGGAAUUUCUUUUGUCUGAUAAUAACAUUUACGGCGAAAUACCUUCAUAUGUUGGCAAUUUUUCCAUGCUAAAGCAACUUGAGCUCGAUAAUAACCGAUUCUCUGGCGAGAUUCCGUCUGUUAUGGGGAACUUGAAGGAACUCACUCUUUUCUAUGCAUGGCAGAAUCAGCUUAAUGGAAAUAUACCAACAGAAUUAUCUAACUGUGAGAAACUCGAAGCAGUUGAUCUUUCGCACAAUUUCCUCACCGGUCCAAUUCCGAAUUCUCUCUUUCAUCUGCAGAAUUUAACCCAGUUGUUGCUGAUAUCAAACAGUCUUUCAGGUCAAAUUCCACCCGAUAUUGGAAAAUGCACAAGCUUGAUCAGGUUAAGACUUGGAUCAAACAAUUUCACCGGUCAAAUUCCGCGAGAAAUAGGCCUUUUGAAAAGUUUAACCUUUCUGGAGCUGUCAGAUAAUCAACUGAGUGAAGAUAUUCCUUAUGAGAUAGGUAACUGUGCUCAUUUAGAAAUGCUUGACUUGCAUAAAAAUGAGCUUCAAGGAACCAUUCCUUCAUCAUUAAAAUUCUUAGUCGAUCUCAACGUCUUGGAUCUUUCUUCAAACCGAAUCACCGGAAGCAUUCCCAAGAGCUUAGGCAAGCUUACGUCGUUAAAUAAGUUGAUUCUAAGCGGAAACCUUAUCGCCGGUUCGAUCCCUCAGUCACUAGGACUUUGUAAGGAUUUGCAGUUGCUUGACUUAAGUAACAAUAAGAUCAUAGGUUCUAUUCCAAAUGAGAUUGGUUACUUGCAAGGAUUGGAUAUACUCUUGAACUUGAGUUGGAAUUCUCUUACAGGUUCAAUCCCAAAUGAGUUGGAGUCGUCAAGUUUAAGGAGAGCGGUUGACGUGAAGUAGUGAUACCCGGACUACCAAGGUGUGGAUCGAGACAACUAGAACUCACAAGAUUUUGAUUGGACGAAGUGAAAUUUUCUCUAAGUCUUGGUAACGGUAAACAGUAUUGAGUAGGAGCCUUGUAAGUGAGAUUCUCCGAAGGUGUUGAGCUGGGAAUUAGUAGGAUUCAGUACCGAUGAUGCUGCCGGUGUUAGGUGUGACUGGUGAGCUGAUAGGAUAGAAUGACCUUUGGAAAGGCGGACAGAUGAGUCAGACCUUUCUGAUUGCGCUGGUACGGACAAUGAUUGGAUAGGCGGAGUAUUAGAUCCUGAUACAACUUGAAGUACCCUAAGCAAGAGUUGUUUCCUAGUGAAAGGUUGAUGGAAGGUGCGGAUUUGGUAACUUACGAUUGGGUGAAUCUUGGAUACCUGAUUGAUGGUAUAGGGCAUGCAUUUCCAUUCUUAUCAUUUUGUGCUUAAGUUCUAGAACUACGCUAGAUGGAAGACAAAAUGAUGUAGAAGUGUGAAACGCAGUAGCCUAAGUUCCUUGCUAGUUAUGAUUCAUCUGACUUCGAGUGAAGCCAUAGAACUACGCUUGGCAUUGGCCGUUCAGGUGAGUAAGAACUAGCAUCUAUCCGAAGUAUCCAGGGGAUGAUCAUAGUUGUGUUGAUUGUUUAGAACUAUACUAUUCCUACUGGAUUAUCCUUAUAAUCUUUUAUGCAUGCGUGAGACAAGUGAGUGCGCGCAUAGCAUAACAAUCCAAGAUGGGAUCUUAACCCUUCGUGUCUGGCUUAUUGCCCUCUGAGUAAGUAAACCUUGGUGUGUAACACCCUCAGGUUUUAGCAUCCUGAGGAGUGUGAUUCGAAGGAUGAGAAACGAAGAACCUAUUGGAGGCCUGUUCAGACAUUUGUCGGUUGCGACAAUAGGAUACGUGCGGGGAUCAUUAUACGCCACUGAGGUGGUUUACCUGGAUACAUGGCCUCGGAGUUGGACCACCAUGUUGGUACUACCAGACGGGUAUAAUGCCACAGUAUUGCUAUCGUGCACAAGAUGCGUGAGUCAUCCUUUUUCCGACAUGUGUGGGACAAAGGUGGUAUGAAGCUCAAGGUAAAAUUCUGAUUUGGCACUCGUGAGACGCAGAUCCAGACUCUCACAAGGUAUGCGGAAUAAGGAUCCAUACGUCGCGCUCAAUAGUAGAGGAAUAACUAGACAGGCGAUGGUGUGAUGGAUCAAGAUUCAAUGCUAUGCUUAUAGAGACUCUGAGUGAACGUGAUCGCAUGAGUUAGUAUCAGAUUGUACCUUGGGGACGUUCUUGUUUCGUGAAGUGUUAAGUUGGCAAUUUUGUAUGAGUGUCUAGAGUAGGACUCAUGUGCGGUCAUGAUAUCCUGGUCAACAUGGUGAGUGGCUAUCAUGUAUUGGCGACCAGUGAUGGAAUAUGCGAAUUGUAUCUUGGACUAGUUCGAUGUGUGAUGUAUCUAGUAGAGUGUUGUAGAUACUCGGGUUAAAGAAAUGUCAAUCUUGGUAAACUAUAGACAUUUUGGUUUGAGAACUGCUAAGGAGUCUAUAAGAGAGGUGUUCGAAGUGCAAAGUGCAAUUUCUUGCAUUGUGGCUACACUCUGACCGUUGAAAGCACUGCAAUGAAGGAUGCAGCCUCCGAGGAAGUCAGUUCAGUGUCUGAUUUAGAGGUGGAACAUACAUUAAAUGACUGUGUGAAUGGAGUUUGGCUAUGGGAGGAUUGUUGUAUCAGUAAGUCGCACGAGUUAUCAGAGGUGAUACCACACUAAGAGAAUGAAGGUGUAUGGUUGGGUAUAAGUUGUGUAAAACUGCUAGAGUCAUCAUGAGCUGCAGUACAUCGUGAAGGAUUCGAUACACCCGGUUGAGCAACAAAGAUUGGUUGGAAUGAAAAACAUAGCAGUUGUACGUUGUGGAAAUCAGUGACAGGGACGAACCUCUAAGUCAGUGAGUGUUUGGGUUUCAAUGUCCUGAGAAUGAAACGUGUACCUAAAUUAUGGUAGAUGAACUAUAUGGAAUGGCAGAGUAAGUAGAAGCUUGGUUCUGGGGAAUACGCAACUUCGAGGAGUUGUAGUCGGCGAUGGAUGUAUAUGGAUUCCUGGCACAUGUUGUAUUUGGACAGCUAUAGAUAAGGAAUUAUUGUGUAUUAAUGGAAACUAACUGAACUAUGGAUAUAGCGUAACUCAGAGGAUUUCAAGGUGUGUGAAUUGUUGGAAUCAGAGUAGCGCAACGGAUCGAGGAAGAACCAAAUAGGUCUGAGGUAGGAAUGAACGGACUAAUUGUAGGAUCUUCUCUUGGGAUGGAAGUAUCUUCCCAAGAGGAACUCGUCGGAGCAGCAUUUCGUUUUGUCAGUCUCUCUCGGGGAUCCACCAUAACCACGAGAGAUACCGACAGUGGGCCAGAUUGGGAAGAGACCUUGUGGAUGACAUGUGAUCCGAUGUUCGUAGAUCAUCAGUUGAACUUGUAAGCAUCAAGGGUUGGACAUAGUAUCGUGAUCGCCAGAAUGCUGGAGGCUAGUGGAGACAUUCAGCUGGCACAAGUUCUUUGUGGUUAAGCCUUGUGCACUAUGAUCGUGCAGGAACACUCGGGCAAUGGUUACAGGUCAUCUAUUGAAUUUCACCUCUCAUCAGUAGAAUCUUGUGUGAGGUUGUCGAAUGUCAAGGCUAUAGUUGCAAGAUGCUACGCUAUCAUGGAUUGUGGUGAUGACUGAUACGUCUAGCACUGAGGCGAGAGUUAAGUAAGGAGAUUCAGUUGUAUAAGUAAGGGGUAAACUUGAGACAACCAUCCUAACAUUUUGGAAACCAGAAGUUAGGACCAAGAUAUUUGGCUAACGCCUAACGUCAUUGUAUGUACUUUGGUAGAGAAUAAUUUGAAGCGUCGUCAUAGAACGGAAUAUUGUGACAAGAAUGCUUGGAUGGGAAGUAAUUUAAGGAGCCUGAGUGAAUCAAUAAGUGUGUUAGACAAGGGUGAACACAAUAGAGUUUGAACAGCAGAUAUCCAAUAUGAGUGGAUUACUAGGGUUUCUGAAGUUCUGAGGAUUCAGUGCAGAGCAGUGGAGGUCAAGGACCCUGGAAGGAUAUUUCCCAAGGUAUGUCAAGGCGAAGUAUCUGAAUAGAUGUGUUGCUUGACGGUUAAGGUUUCUAAUCAUGUAUAGUGGGACGCAAGUAUUUUGGCAGAUUAUGUUUAUUCGUAUGGAAUGACCAUCAGACAGAGUAGUGAAAUUAUCUAAACAGGAGUGUGAGUAACAUUCUUUCCCUUGGUUGGAUAGAUAUGAGGGGUUGGUUUUCGUGGUGAACAGAAGGAAUUCGAGGACGAAUUCUAAUUAAGGGGAGAGAAUGUAAUAUCCCGAUCUUUUGACACCGAUAAUUAUCAUUUAAAUGAGUAAAUGGUAAUUAGAGAGAGAUCAUUGGUCUUAUUCUCUAUUAAUCUAAAGAAUGGUUAUUAGAAGAAUUAGUGGAGUGGUUAGAAACAAAGAGGAUUGGUUAGAAUGGAACUAAAUGGCAUUGUUGUAAAUAAGGUUAAGUUGGAGGGCAUAAUAGACUUAUCUAAUGCUUGCAUGUGGACAUAAAGGAUGUUAGAUUUAAUUGCAUGAACUUAGGGGGUUGUUUGGCUUGCACAUCAGAAUUUGGAAACAAGAAAGGAAGAAGAACUCAUGAAGCAAGUUCCAUUUUCGCAACUAUUUGUACAGCUCCACUAAAUCAGAGCUUCUGUUUUGGAGGAGAAAAUUGAGCUUGAAGUUGUGUCAGUCAUGCUGAAAGUAUGAAGAGAGUAGAUACGGGUUUGAUGAAGAUGAAGUGAAACUUUGGCUAUGGUGGGAGUUCAAUGGCAGCAAGAACAUGAUCUUAACCUCCAUUAAAUCCAAGGUGAGUCCCAGGGCCGGCCCUAGGGGUAGGCCACCAAGGCUACCGCCUAGGGCCUCACAUUUUUAUGUUAUAUUUAUAUAGCUUUCAUUGAUUGGAUUUUUUUUAUAAAAAAAAAAACAUUGUUAAAUAUAUUAAUUAAACAAUAUUUAAUGUAAAUAAUAAUAAUAAUUUAUAAUAUUUAGAGUAUAUAACCAUUUACAAUAUGUAUUGUUUGAGUUGUUAAUGUUAAAAUCACACAUAUAAGUCAUGAAUUUUUUAGUUUUUUAAUAUAAUAAGAGACUUUAUAUCUACAAUUUUUAAAAUAAUUUCGGUAUUACUUUUUAAUUAUGAAUUUUUUAAAUAAUAAGAAGAGUAUUUAGAUGAAAUGAUUUUAUUAUCAAUUAAAAUAAAAUUGAUUAUAAUAAUUUAAUAAUUUGAAUCUUAAAACAUCUAAAUUAUUUUAAUUUUAAAAAAUUAAUUUUAUUAAUUAAAAAAAAAUUAAUUAUAAAUUUCGCCUUAGGCCUCGAAAUGUAUUGGGCCGGCCCUGGUGAGUCCUUAGAUAGUGGCUUAGGGAAUUUGCAUGUUAGGGUCAUAAUUGGGGUUAGGGAUUUUGUGAGAAUAAUCCAUGAA